AGAGCUAAAAAACGCCAUGGAAUUAGUGGUUGGGGUUCCCACAGACUUCCAGAGAGUAUGCUACCUGGAUAAUGGUGACCUAUGUGAUGACACCACUAUUCACUGUAAUGACAUCGUCCCUGGAACUACUGUCACCCUGAUGAUCUGGCCUUAUGAUGGAUGGGCUGAGCUUGUGAUAGCUGCAGCUACUGGGGAUGUAUUCAAG